UGGAUACUAGUCAGGCUCAUUACCACUGAGCCAUGAUGGAACGCCGAUGCUCAGUUUUGUUUUUUUGUUUCUUUUUUACGAGUCUUCAGACCUCUCCUGAAUCUCAAAUGGGGUGAUUCAAGGAAAAUGAAAGAAUUACCUCCAAAUUUAUAUAAGAAAACUGCAUUUGACUACAGGGGAAUGAGGCGGAGAGGAGCCGAGAAUUCUAUUAGGGUGUCUGUUUCAGAAAAGCUGGGAAGCAGUGUGGUAGGCCUCAGCAGAAGGAGCCCAGUGCCUCUGUCUUCCUCAGGGUGACGGAUGUCAGGAUUGCCUGGGAAUGUGCCCCUCGUUCCAUUUGUGAGGGAAGGGUGAGAAUGGCCACCCCUCUGGCCUUUCUGUAUCGAUCAGGAAGAAGUCACUGAACAUGGACAUUAUGCCUGGACUGUGCCUGGCUGGGAGCUGCAGAGAAGCCCAGUGCUUCCUCCCCCAUCAGGGGUUGAUAGUCUAGUUGUUCAUCUGGAAUUUUCUGAGUGUGGCUGGACCGUCCACUGUCCUGCUCCCUUCAGUUUACGCAGUUGAAGUAGAGUUCUGUUGAAUAUGGAGCAUGAGAAACACAGGGCAAACUUGAGAAGAGUUCAGUUCCCCAUAUGCACGGGCACCUAGUGGGUGAGCCUCGUGCCAGACAAACUAGACAGAGCUAGAAAAGCCUCUGCUCUAGAAGAGCUGACAGCCUGGAAGUACAAGGAAUAGCAGAUUUGGAUGUCUGCCCAGCUGGGUAAUCUGACUUGAAAUUUGCAUCUCAGUCAUUUCUGACUUGGGUCUAGAUUGAAAAGGUAAGAAAGAGUAAUAAUAGAGACAAAUGUCCCAAGAGAUCUUGUGCUGACAAAAAUCGUGCCUGAGAAAUGACAUUGCCACGUCCCUAGACCCAACCUCGGCAGCAUCUCAGGGAGCUGGGGAAUGGCCCAAGCCUCCUCAUCCAGGGUUUUGUUAUUUUUACUUUUAUUUUUUUUAAGCUUAAAAAAAUUAAUAGACUUCUUUCAAAAAGCAAUUUUAGGUUUACAGAAAAAAAUUAAAUGAAAAUUACAGGGAGUUGUCCCAUGCCUCUCAACCCCCACCCAUUUCCCCUAUUAGGAACAUCUUAGGCUGUUGCAGGACAUUUGUUACAAUUGAUGAGUCAAUGUUGACACAAUGUUAAUUAAAGUCCAUAGUUUACAUUAAGACUCACUUUUUUUUGCAUUAGGCAGUUUUGACAAAAGCGUAAUGACACAUCCACCAUUAUUACAGUGUCACAAUAGUAGUUUCACUACUUAAAAAUCCCCUGUGCGCUACCUAUUUGGCCGUCCUUCUUUCCUUCCUCUAAUCCCUGGCAACCACUGGUCUUUUUAUGGCUUUUGUAGCUUUGUCUUUUCCAGAAUGUCGUAUAGUUGGAAUCCCACUGUAUGUAGUCUUUCCACAUUGGCUUCUUUCACAUAGCAGUCUCCUCCAGUUUUAAACUUGGCCUCCGCCGCCCCCGCCCCCCCCAACAUGCAAACACCCAGCUGGGGUGCAAGGCACUGGCAAAGGAGGAGCCCACAGCUAGUGCUGAGACCCACCUGCCCAGAGCCCAGGAGUCUGCUGUGCUGCUCCUCUGUUGUCGUCCACUGAACACGCCUGGCUCUGGUGCUACUGGAGUUGAGCCCAGGCUGGUAAACUGUCAGUUGCUGCCUGUGUUUUGGUUCCACAUCUGGAAGUAUCAGCUGUGCAGACCUUCCGGUCCCGUUCCUAAGUAGAGAGACAGGAGGAGCAGCGUGCUGUUUGUCUUCCUCCUCCGUAGUUUGUUUUACUUGCUCCAGAGCUGGGGACCCGAGGUGGGGAAUCGAGCCUCCCGGGCAGGGAGCACUCCUUCACACCACAUCUGCCACUGAGGACAGCCUCUGAAGUUGCUAUCUCAGCCCCACCCGGGUUCCAGUCGGGUCUGUGCCAAACUCUUGGAGUAACUAAGCAUCGGGGCUUGUUUUGUGCUCACAAAGGAGGAAAAUUGAUCAGGUGCAGAGAAAGUGCUCUUUUCCCUGCCAAAAGGUGCUUCUUUCUCCAGCCAUUCUUGGAAAUGAGGCUUCCUUGGACUGUGAUGGCAGGAACCCCAGUAUUCAGUGGCCUCACCAGUCGCUAAACAGUGAGGCUCUCAGGGGGAAGGGAAGGAUGAUGGAUUUUGAAGGAGGAGCUCCUCCAACCUUGGACCACAGCUGGGGAAAGGAAAGUGCCUGUGAAUGGGGGUCUUGCAGGUCAUUUGGUUGAACCAGGCUGAAAAGGUCCAGGGCUGAGAGGAAAGGGGGUGGACUGGGUGCCUGGAGCCCCAACUCCGAGGAGCAGGGGAAUGAGAUUUAGAUUCCAGCUUCUAGAGUUCCUGUUGUGGCACAGCAGAAACAAAUCCAACUAGGAACCAUGAGGUUGUGGCUUUGAUCCCUGGCCUCACUCAGUGAGUUAAGGAUCUGGCAUUGCCAUGAGGUAUGGUGUAGGUCACAGACAUGGCUCAGAUCGCAAGUGGCUGUGGCUGUGGUGUAGGCGGGUGGCUAUAGCUCUGAUUGGACCCCUAGCCUGGGAACCUCCAUAUGCCAAGGGUACAGCCCUAAAAGCAAAAAAAAAAAAAAAAAAGUAGAUUCCAGCUUCCAUUGCUUCCUAUUUGGAAUAAACCUGCUGGUACCUUUUCACUCUGAAGGACACCCAGCAGAUGCCUUGGAGUUCAGUAGGAAGGAGGAAGAAGGCUCAGUCUCCUUGGUCAGCCUUCAGACUGUAGAAAUUCCAUGCUGCCAGUCCAAACCCUUACCACCUCCCCCUGUGGUUUGCACUUUGCCCAAUCCACCCUCCCCUCUGCAGCCUGACCAGGGACUCGAGAGUUCCAGGCUACCAUUCCGUGGUUCUUCCUAUUGUACCCUGUGUGUGUGGAGACCAAUAAUACUUGUCCCAGAGUUGUCCCCAAGGCUGUGAGCACUAACACAGUGGAGUGUUUAGUCUUUAGACAAGUACUCUGUACAGACAGGUGGUCCUUGCUAUUGUUAAUUAUGGAAUCAGAGUGGAGUUCCCCCCACCAUCUUCCUGGGUGUAGCUCCAGGGACAGGAAGGCUCUGACUGAUCACUGACCAACCGCACACUGGAAGUGUUAGCUGUCACUUCAGUCAGCCUGGGGGCGCUGACGGUGUGAGGGUGGGUCUGUGUUCCUUGCCCAAUCCAGCCUUCUCUCCAGACUCAACCCUCCUCACGUGCUGUUCCCCCAGGAGGUGGAGUGAGAGUCCUAAGGGAGAAUACCAGACCCGCUUCUGUAGGUGCGGCCAGGCAGAGUGCAUCUCAGAUCAGGGGCCAUGUUUGCUCAACCAAAAGAUAAAUAUGUGAUCUGACAGAGCAUUUGGGGUUUUCCUGGUCUGGAUGAGGGGGAAUUUCAGAAACACUGAGUUUAUAAAUAUCUUGUCAUAUAUUUUGUUUCAAACCCUUUAGUGUAAGAAAUGGCAUUCUGUACAGCAGGGCCGUGCCAGCACCUCCCCAUGGUGUGGAUGCCCAUUCGAGCAAGUUGUGCAGGGAGGCACAGUGUGGGCCUCCCCAGUGCAAAGCUCCAGCGAGUGUUGGUAGAAGGAAGUCUCCAGUGCCAUCUGGGUCUUCUCUAGUACUUUCUUUCAGGAGCCUUCAGUAGAAAUCAUGACAGGGACCCAAUUUUACCCACUACCAUCCUACUCUCCUGUCUAGAAAAAGCCAGCUUCCCAUGGAACAGAGAGGCUCCUUAACAACUAAGUUCUCCAGCUUUCCAAGUCAGGGAGUAAGGAGAACCAGCCUGGCCCAUUGUGAUGGAAUGUUGGGCAGGCAAAACUAAUUUUCCCCACGCAAGGAGACUAACCAAAACACCAGUGCUAACGCCGGUGGUCUAGAUGGGGGAAAGGCAGCGACCUGGUUUCUUUAAAUCUCAGCCACGACGAGGUGCCCUUCCCAGGCAAGGGGCUUCUGACCUGUAUCCCACCCUCUGAAACUCAUGAUGCCCACUGCAUCCUACUUCUCUUUAGUCACUUGAGGUUUCACACUGAGCUGUUUCUGGUUAUCCCAACACCCAGCAAUAAACCUUGCUGAAAGCAGUGCUGUUCCUGCCUCUUUAGACAUUUUUGAGAUGGCCAAAUACAUGUUCAUAACCAUUAAAGAGGGACCUUUCCGUUGAUCAGCCUUCAACAGAUUAUCGAUCACUGUGUCUGCUGCCCUUAACAUGUUCAUAGCAUAGUUUCUGAGUGUUUCCCAAAUCUAAGCAAGAGAUCAUUUCACAUUAAACUGUGUUAUCUGCCUUCUCUCAUUGGAAGAGCUCUUGGCUCCGAGGGAGUGCUAGAUGCCACCACUGUUAUCAUCGUGAUUAUUAUUACUUUGGCUUUCGAUGAGAUAAGCUGCAGAUUUAUAAUUCUUUCCUAAGAGCCCAUGUUCCCAGAGAAUUUGGCUGUUGACAGAGUUUUGUCAAUUAUGAUGUGUUUGAGAAUUUUAUAGGUGGGGGAAUGGAGGUCCAGAGAAAAGUGAUGGUCUUGAGGUAUGUGCACUUGGUUGAUUCUGCCAUCAGGGAAGAGCCAGCCGAAGUUAGGCAGCUGUCAUUGCUGAGAUAUGCUCAGGGUUGUGGGAAAGGCCCAUCCUGGACAGGGCAGAUCCAGAAAGGAAGCAGAGGGCAUAAGAGCCAGCCAGCUACCUCUGGGUUCCUGAGCCAGAGAGCCAGCAGGACCCUUUCAGAGGUGGGGCCGCCUCUUUGGCCCAGCACUGGGGCCUUUUGAAAGUUAAAGAAGGGAUAUACUGCCCCUCUAUUUCUAGAACCUGGACCCUCAUGGAAACCUGCCUAAUAGUGCUAUUUGGCUUAUGUGAGAGAUGAUAUGGGGGGUGGGGGGGAAUGUUGUGGAAGUUGGUGCAGGAUUGAGAAGGUCUGAGAGGAUCUUGUUGUAGUCAUUUUAUUAAAAAAGCAGGUUUCAUUAUUACUCAUUUAUUUAAAAGUUCAAAUGCCCCAAAGCAGAAAGAAGAGUAUCAGGAACCCUGUGAACCCUUCUCCCAGAUUCUGCAAUUAUCAAGACAAAAGAAAGAGUGUUUUUUUAAAAAUACUGCAUUGUUCUCAUUACUAUGCUUUUGUGGCCAGAUGGGACAAGGAUGGAUGCCCCAAAGUUGCCCUUUCCAAAAGAGGUGUGCCAUAUCCAGUCUCCCUGCCCACUCCUAACCAGGGGUGUGGAAAGGAAAGGACAGCCCAGGACACUCGGGUUUGAUUCUCAGUUGCUCUAAAGGGGCCCUGAGAGCUUUCUGUGGGUCUCCUUUCUAGAUGCUGAGCACUUAAAGAAAGCUUGAACUUUAUCUGUGGAUCCACAGAGCCUAAUAUUGAAUUCAGUAAGUGUUUACCAAUUUGCAAGGCACGGGGUUGUAUGAGUCAGGAUGGGUUCCAUCUGGACAGGUGUAAGUGAUGUGAAUAUUUAGUUCACUACUUGGGGAAGAAAAGAGGCAGCUGAUGGGGUUUAGAGUUGAGUAAGGGGACAUUAUCUGGAUCCUGGGGUAUCCUGAGUGGGUGAAGGGUUAGGCAUGAUCAUUCUGCAGUGCAGGGGACUCCAGGUUUUACCAAGAACGAUAAAGCCAGCAGCAAGAGGUGGCAGGAGAGAGCUGAAUCAGAGCUUCUCUGUGCCUGGCCCCCAGAUUCUGGUGUCUGCAGGCCCAGGUAUGGUGGGAACUGGAGUCUAAGAAAGGUAGCUCCAGCUCCAGACUCGAUUUUCUGGGUGGCCACAAGCAGCCUGAAAGCCGCCUGCACCACAAGGGCCUGAGUGUCAUUCCAAGCACUGUUUCUUCAUUUUGGAGUUCGCAAUGCAUGAUCUGCAAGGAAUGGUCUCCUCCAAGUUCGGGGAAUAGAGUCCGCUUCCAGCCCAUGGAGCGCUGAGUAGCUCAGCAGCCCUGGGCCCCCCUGGGCAGGGGUGGGUUGGUAUGAAGUGGGUGCCGGCUUUGGAGGAACAGAUGGGGGGCUGCUGCAAACACUUCCCCUCAGGCCUGACCCUGAGUGUAGCCAACAGGGGCCUCAGGCAGAGUGUGCCAGUGCCCUCACAGUCCCCUGAGGAGUCUCCAAGCCCUGACUUUCAUCAGCGACCUGCCCCUCCCCCUCCCUGCCUGGUCUUUUUCAGUUUAAACUUCCAGCCCUGUCCUCCCCUCCCAUACACGCAUGAUGUGUGUGUGAGUGUUUUAAUUUUUAUUCUUGGCAGAAGUUGAGACGCAAAAUGGAUUUGGAAGGAGAUGAAACCAGUCUGGGUAUAUGCUGGGCAGCGGCAGCUUCAUUCCUGGAGUGGGAGGGCUGAGGAUGGGGAGGGGCUGGGUGGGACCCAAGUCUCUAAGGUGGGGGUGGGGAGUGGUCUUGUCCCCUGCAAGGACCAAACUGAACAUCCACUCCUGGAGAAGGGGAGGCCAGAAGCUGGAGACUGAGCCCUUAACCCUUUGGGAUGUCAAAAAGCCACUUCAAGGGGAACCAAAGCCCACCGGCAGGAUCCCUGUUAAGUAGUUGUGGGGACCCCUGGAUGGCCAAUAGUUGUUCUACUUCCUGGUUGUCUGUGAGCCCCUAGAGACUGUUCUGAAUUUGUUAAGGGAAUCACUGAUGGCAUUUUCAGGUUUUGAUGUGCAAAGGCUAAAAUGUGCAUAUGCUUGAAAAACACCCCCAACCUCCCUGCCCCCUAGAAGUAAGUGGUCAUGGCCCCAGCCAGGGUGACUGUGGUCCAGGGACCUGUGCCAGGAUCUCCUUUGCUGCUAUGGAAACUGACUUGGCUCCCAAGGGAGGUGUUCUUUGCAGUGGUGGCCUCUGUUUUUGAUUUUUGUGUGAAGAGGAGCAAAUUGAAUCAAAGUCCGGGAAAUAUUUGGGGAAAUCUGAGAGAAACUUUUGAGAAAAUAUUUUAUUCAUUAAAAUGUAUUCCAGAUAUUCAAUUUGUGGAACAAAAAUUUUUAAUUUUAAAAAUGACAAGAAUUUCUCUAAAAAUAACAUAGUAGGGAACAUCUUUAUGCAGAACUUGCAAUUCCAAUCAUGGCAUCCAGUGUAGACCUUCUUUGUCAAAAUGACCCGCAAAUCCCUGGCAGAGACUCCCAGUGGUUCCCAAGCCUGGCUGCACCUUACAGUUUCCAGGAAAGAGUUUUGGAAAUGCUGGUGCCUGGGCCCCACCUCCACAGGCUCUAACCGAAUUUGCCUGAGGUGUGGCCCAGGCAGUGAUGUGUUUUAGUGUCCAAGGAUUAUUCUUCUCCGCAGCCAGCAUUGGGAACCUCUGAUCUUAGGCUUAUGUAAGAACAGAGGAAGAUGAGAGAGGCCAGAUUAAGAAACGGAAGAAUUUUAUUGUCUCUCACGACAUGCUGGUGCAUAUUACUUGGAUCCAGACUCAGAGGGCUGCUGCCAACUUUUGGACAGGAUUGAGGUGCUCAGCCCUCAGGCCUCACUCCCCAUGGGGUGAGGGUUGGGGGAAGUUGGGACAAGGCAUCUUUAGGAGUUGAAUGCAGUGCUCUGUGGGACCUGCAGGACCAAUCCCUCCAGAAACAUGCUGGAUGGCUAGUGCAUGACUCCAACCUAGACCGAUUUUGGUUUUUUUCAACCUUUAUCCUUUUUUGGUGUGUCUGCUUGAAUCUGUCAAGGGCACCAAAACCCACAGGAAGGGAAAGCAGAUAGCCUUGGCUUUCACUGCUCUACUUGAGCCAGAUGCUUACCCUCUCUGAACCUCAAUUGCUGCAUCUGUAAAAUGGGAUGACAAUUCAUCUCCUUCACAGAGUUGUUUUAGAGAAGAGACAGGAUAAUACUUAUACAUCAUCCCAUGCAUGGUAACUCAUCACAUGGUCAAAUACUCUCUUAUGUGACGAUAGAUUAUUUCUUCCAAUUCUAAAUAUUUGCCUUAAUCUCUUAGUGUGGCAAAAUCUGGUGUGUUAACACUUACUAAAUCCAAAUGACUUUUAGUUACAUUUUGCAAAUCAGUUAGAUGAGGAAAUUAGUAAUUUAGCAGGGGGAAAAGGGCAAUCUUGGAAUGUUAAUAUGCCCAACAUCAUCAUUUCAGCAAACUAAGUACUUGAUGAGUAUUUUGUACAACUUACUAAGCAAAGUAAUUUCAGAUGUGUAAAGGUUGUUAAAAGGAUGUUAAAUGUGUUCUCAUUUUUCCCCAAACACUUGUCCACAUUGUGUGGAAGCACCAGAAUCCUGAAAUUAGGGGAGGAGUUCUUUAGGAGCCAAAGGAGUCACUGUUGGAGGUGGACAUAGGAAAUUCUUUAGAUGUGAUAAUGGAGCAAAGAACAGCAUUUUAUAGCCCAGGAGCUGUUAGGAAAUAAGGCCUCUGGGCUUGUGGGAAGAUAAAAUUUCAGUGAAGACAUGAUAAUACAUAAGGAUAGUUGUUUUUUUUUUUCAAGUGUACCUUUUUAAUUACUAAAGUGGUAACUACAUAACCUACUUUGAAUAUUUUUUAAGUGUUUAAUAUAAAAUGCAAAUCUCCUACUCUUCAGAGAUAACUGACAUUAACAUUAAAUGUCUCUUGACCUUAUCCCAUGAUAACCCAAAUAACUGUACACCACAUAUUCACAUGUAGUUUUUAAAAAUUACAAACAUAGGAUGCUGUUUUACAAGUUGUUUGGGGGAUAUUCUCCAGGAAUCUCUUAGGCUUAACCUCUCAUACAUUCCCCAAAGCGUAUUUGAUGAAAUUCUCCUCACUAAUGGUACUCUGAGAAAAAAAAAAAAACCAAAAGGGUAGUGCGGUCAAGUCAGCCCAGGCCUGUGGUUAAGUGAGUUCAGCCUUCAGUGCAUAUUCUCUCUCCCUCUUGGUGAUUCACAAUGUGUAAUAGCACAUGAGAGGCUCUGAGAACGCCUGCAGUAAAGAAAUCUAAUUAGCUUUUCUUUCUUUUCUGUUUUUUUUUAAUAAGUUUUUUGAUACUAUUUAAAAUCCAGAGUGCAGGUUGAAUUUAUAGCACAUCUCAAUUUGAACCAGCUGCAUUUAUUUUAUGUUUUUUGUUUGUUUGUUUGUUUGCAACCCCUGCUGCAUGUGGAAUUUCCUGGCCAGGGAUCAAACCUGCACCACAGCAGUGACAUCAGGUCCUUAACCCACUAGGCUACCAGGGAACUCCUAAUUAGCUUUUCUUAACAGAGCAUAGCCCUAAAUUCUUUUGCUAGCACAUUUUAACAACCGAUAAUUUUUAGGAGCAAGCGCUAUAUUAGACAUUCCUCCCUAACCUCCCCUCCACUUCCUACCUCUCCUCCAUCUGCAACCUUGUGGGGUAGGCAGGAGGAGGAAAGUUCAUCUGCUCAUUUUAUCAACAAAUACUUAUUGUGCUCCUACUAUAUGCCAAACACCAUGAUAGAUGCUGGGGCUGUAGUAGUGAGCAGGAUAGCAGUCUCUACACCCUCAGAGACCAGAAGACUGCUUGCUCCCUCCAGCACAGUGAUGGUUUUAGUCACACAGGAUGGGUUGCACCUGGGAGGCAGACGGUCCGCAGGGAUCCUCUCUGCAGCUGUGGAGCCUGGGAGUAGCCCGAGUUAUCCCCACCCCCUCUGCUCCCAACCCUUCACCACGGCUUCAAUUCCCCACACUUUGCUCUGCUAUAAAUAGUGCUGCCUGACCCAGCUGGCAGGAUUCCAUGUGUUUGUUUUCUCUGUGGGUGCCAGCCCUGCACCGAGGCCACUGGGCUUCACAAGUUACGGGGAGCUGACAGGAGUUGGGGUCGGGAGACUCCAGCAGAAGGCAGGAUGGACGGACGGACUGGAGCAUGCUUCAGCAGCGUGUGGCAGGGGAUUGCGGUACCUUUUUGAGAGACUCUGGUGGCUUAUGGGACAUUGGACCUUUUGUGACACACCAUGCCACAAGGGAUGAUGGUGACACAGAGAGGAAAGCGGCCCAAGGCCACACUGGCUUGCCUCCUCUUGGCCACGGUGGGCUGCUUCGCAGACCUGGACCAGGUCCCUCAGGUCACCGUCCAGCCUUCUUCCACAGUCCAGAAGCUCGGAGGAACCGUGAUCCUGGGCUGCGUGGUGGAGCCGCCCUGGAUGAAUACCACCUGGCGGCUCAACGGGAGGGAGCUGAAUGGCUCAGAUGACGCCCCAGGCAUCCUCAUCACCCGAGGGACCCUCGUCAUCACCGCCCUCAACAACCACACCGUGGGACGGUACCAAUGUGUGGCCCGGAUGCCUGCGGGGGCCGUGGCCAGUGUGCCAGCCACCGUGACCCUAGCCAAUCUCCAGGACUUCAAGUUAGACGUGCAGCACGUGAUCGAAGUCGAUGAAGGGAACACUGCAGUCAUUGCCUGCCACCUUCCUGAGAGCCACCCAAAGGCCCAGGUCCGAUACAGUGUCAAACAGGAGUGGCUGGAGGCCUCCAGAGACAAUUACCUGAUCAUGCCGUCGGGGAACCUCCAGAUUGUGAACGCCAGCCAGGAGGACGAGGGGAUGUACAAGUGCGCCGCCUACAACCCAGUGACGCAGGAAGUGAAAACCUCCGGCUCCAGUGACAGACUGCGCGUGCGCCGCUCCACUGCCGAGGCUGCCCGCAUCAUCUACCCCCCAGAGGCCCAGACCAUCGUUGUCACCAAAGGCCAGAGUCUCAUUCUGGAGUGUGUGGCCAGUGGGAUCCCACCCCCGAGGGUCACCUGGGCCAAGGAUGGGUCCAGCGUCGCCAGCUACAACAAGACGCGCUUCCUGCUAAGCAACCUCCUCAUCGACACCACCAGUGAGGAAGACUCGGGGACCUACCGCUGCAUGGCUGACAACGGGGUCGGGGAGCCUGGGGCUGCGGUCAUCCUUUACAAUGUCCAGGUGUUUGAACCCCCCGAGGUCACCAUGGAGCUGUCCCAGCUGGUCAUCCCAUGGGGCCAGAGCGCCAAGCUGACCUGUGAGGUGCGCGGGAACCCCCCACCCUCGGUGCUGUGGCUGAGGAAUGCCGUGCCCCUGACCUCCAGCCAGCGCCUCCGGCUGUCCCGUCGGGCCCUGCGGGUGGUCAGCGUGGGGCCCGAGGAUGAAGGCGUCUACCAGUGCAUGGCCGAGAAUGAAGUUGGGAGUGCCCACGCCGUGGUCCAGCUGAGGACUGCCCGGCCCGGCACCACCCUGCAGCCAUGGCCGGAUGCCAGGCCGGACACUGCCACACCUCCCACGCCACCCUCCAGAGCCAGAACCCCUGAGCAGAUGCUGAAGGGCCACCCAGGACUCCUGAGGCCGCCAGCAUCUGUGCAGCCAGCUUCUCCACAGUGUCCUGGAGAGCAGGGGCAGGGGACUCCUGCCGAGGCGCCUGUCAUCCUCAGCUCGCCCCGCACCUCCAAGACUGAUUCCUAUGAGCUGGUGUGGCGGCCUCGGCAUGAGGGUGGCAGCCGGGCCCCGAUCCUCUACUAUGUGGUGAAACACCGCAAGCAGGUCACAAACUCCUCUGACGAGUGGACAAUCUCUGGCAUUCCGGCCGGCCAGCACCACCUGACUCUCACCAGACUCGAUCCUGGGAGCUUGUACGAAGUGGAGAUGGCAGCUUACAACUGUGCAGGCGAAGGCCAGACAGCCAUGGUCACCUUCCGAACUGGACGGCGGCCCAAACCUGAAAUCAUAGCCAGCAAGGAGCAGCAGAUCCAGAGGGAUGACCCUGGAGCCAGCCCCCAGAGCAGCAGCCAGCCCGACCAUGGCCGCCUGUCCCCCCCAGAAGCUCCAGACAGGCCCACUAUCUCCAUGGCCUCUGAGACUUCGGUGUACGUGACCUGGAUUCCCCGGGGGAAUGGUGGCUUCCCAAUCCAGUCCUUCCGUGUGGAGUAUAAGAAGCUAAAGAAAGUGGGGGACUGGAUCCUGGCCACCAGCUCCAUCCCUCCCUCCCGGCUCUCAGUGGAGAUCACAGGCCUGGAGAAAGGCACCUCCUACAAGUUCCGAGUCCGGGCUCUGAACAUGCUGGGGGAAAGUGAGCCCAGCGCCCCCUCCCGGCCAUACGUGGUGUCAGGCUACAGCGGCCGCGUGUACGAGAGGCCCGUGGCCGGCCCUUACAUCACCUUCACCGAUGCUGUCAAUGAGACCACCAUCAUGCUCAAGUGGAUGUAUAUCCCAGCAAGUAACAACAACACCCCAAUCCAUGGCUUUUAUAUCUAUUACCGGCCCACAGACAGUGACAAUGACAGUGACUACAAGAAGGAUAUGGUGGAAGGGGAUAGGUACUGGCACUCCAUCAGCCACUUGCAGCCAGAGACCUCCUACGACAUCAAGAUGCAGUGCUUCAACGAAGGAGGGGAGAGCGAGUUCAGCAAUGUGAUGAUCUGUGAAACCAAAGCUCGGAAGUCUUCCGGUCAGCCUGGUCGACUCCCACCCCCAACUCUGGCCCCGCCUCAGCCACCACCCCCCGAAACCAUAGAGCGGCCAGUGGGCCCGGGAGCCAUCGUGGCUCGCUCCAGUGAUCUGCCCUACCUGAUCGUUGGUGUUGUCCUGGGCUCCAUCGUCCUCAUCAUCGUUGCCUUCAUCCCCUUCUGCUUGUGGAGGGCCUGGUCUAAGCAAAAACAUACAACAGACCUGGGUUUUCCUCGAAGUGCCCUUCUGUCCCCCUCCUGCCAGUAUACUAUGGUCCCACUGGGAGGGCUCCCAGGCCACCGAGCCAGUGGGCACCCCUACCUCAGUGGCACCAGUGGACGGGCUUGUGCCAAUGGGCUACACGUGAACAGGGCCUGCCCUGCAGCCACCGUGGGCUACCCCGGCAUGAAGCCUCAGCAGCACUGCCCAGGGGAGCUCCAGCAGCAGCAGGAUGACACCAGCAACGUGCUGAGGCAGACCGUCCUUGGCAGUGGAUAUGACCCCCACCGUCACCAGAUUCCCAGGGCUCCCAAGUCUAACCCGGAGGAAGGCUCUUUCUUAUACACACUGCCUGACGACUCGACCCACCAGCUGCCCCAGCCCUCACAGGACUGCCACCACCUCCAGGAGCAGUCUGCAGCCACAGGCCAGCGGGGCAUGAAUAAUGGACCUCGGAGUCCUGGGCUGGAAGCCGUGUGGGACCCUCUGUUCCACCCAGGGCCCCCGUGCUGCCUGGGCCUUGCACCGGUCGAAGAGGUGGACAGUCCUGACUCCUGCCAAGCGGGUAGAGGAGCCUGGUGUCCCCAGCACCCCCCGGGGGCCUACAGAGGCCAGGAACUAGGGACACAGCUCUGCCCCAGCCCACCAGUGCACGUGUCUUUUGAAACACCACCUCCUACAAUUUAGGCAGAAGCUGAUAUCCCAGAAAGACUAUAUAUUGUUGUUUAAAAAAAAAAUGGAAAUUGGUAUUUAUUUUUCUAUAAUAGCCAUAUUUAUAUAUUUAUGCACUUGUAAAUAAAUGUAUAUGUGUGUUUUUAUAAUGCCGAAGAGACAUAGGGAAGCCUACCCACCAAGGGUCUGAGAGGGGAAACAAAGAAGCCGCGACAUAACAGGAAUCAACCAGGACCGAGCAACAGGACUGAGGAGGCAGCCCUUCCCUGAGAACGCCUGCCCCUGCCUGGGAGGCUGCAGAAGGAAGGAAGGCUCCUAGGCACGCUGUCCAGAGGGACCCUAAGGGGAAAAGCCAGGGCCACGGACUCAGAGAUUGGAGAUGCCCGUGUGACAGUGGCUGGAUCUGGUGCUACAGGAAACGUUUUCAGAAGAUGCCCAUGAGAAUAGACUAAGAUGUGUAUAGGACCAUAAGCAUUAACAAAGCUUCCAGAAUCAAUAAUCUGUGGCAACAUAUCUCUGUAAAAAUAAACACUGUAACGUCUAAAUAAAUGUUUAGUCUUCCCUGUAACCUUCAGCUUAGUCAUGUAUGAGUCAGCAUUCUCCUUCCACGUUAGGGUUCAGUCUGAGUAUUUGAAGAAACACCCACUUGGGCUCUGUGGGACGUUUGCAGAGCCCUGGAGGGGAGAGCUGGAAAAAGGUAGCAGAUGUUUCUAAUUUUUGUCUUUUAAAUAUUGAAUGUCAGUUGUGUUUUUAUUAAGGCAGAUGUGUUGAUGGCUGUUUAGUCCAAGAGGGAGUCAGUGUACAGCAGGCGAGAAGUACCUCACCAUUCUCUAACUGGACUUGAGGUCACGCUUUGUUCAGACCCAGGGAAUGAAACGUACCUUUUCUAUACAGGUAUGUGUUGAAGACUAAAUAUUUUCUCUAAAAUACUAGUUUAAGUGCCAUAUUACACAUGAACAUAUGGUGCCUGAUAAAAUUCACUUCCCUUCUUUCCAAAGACACACCAACAUGGCCAGAGGAGUUGACUCACUGGUUGGAUAAAAUCAACGUUGACUCACUGCCAUCCACCCACAGGAUCAAGCAUUGCACUUGAACGUGGAACUAGAAGGAGGCUGAAGCUUGCACUGAAACUCCUAACACACUUUUUUUUUUUUUUUUUUUUUUUUUGGUCUUUUUAGGGCCACACCUGUGGCAUAUGGUGGCUCCCAGGGAUCGAAUCAGAGCUGUAGCCACCAGCCUAUGCCAGAGCCACAGCAACACAGGAUCCAAGCUGUGUCUGCGACCUACACCACAGCUCACAGCAACGCUGGAUCCUUAACCCACUGAUCGAGGCCUGGGGUUGAACCUGCUUCCUCAUGGAUACCAGUCAGGUUUGUUAACUUCUGAGCCACUACAGGAAUGCCCCUAACACACUUUUAACUGUUUUCAGUAGGGAAAUGUAUUUUCUAGAUUUUGGUAAAGUUGAGUUGCAGAUGAAAUACCACUUGAGGGACUUAAGAGUCAUCAAGGGCAGACUGACCCUAGCUAGCUACUUACUAGAUUUACACUCCACUCAUGAAUUUGAUAAACCAAGUCCUAGGAAAGCACCUAGAGUGACUCUGAUGGCCAAGGACAAGUACACCCUCUGCUGGUCAGAAGACAUUCCUGCGUCCUUUUCCCAUCCAACAGCUAAAUUGGAACAUGGUUUUCAGAAAAGCAGUAUUUUAAAAAUAUUUUAAGAAAUGAAAUGAAGGGUUGUAAGGAAUAUGGAAAUGAUAGGAAAAGAGAAGUAGAGCAGGGAAGAGAAGAAUAAGAGAUUGCGACUUCAGACACAAUCCAGCAUCGAGGGCCUAAAGGUCACUUCCAGGAGGGGAACAGGACUCUCAGAUCUGGAAUGUAACACAACUUCUAGCCCAUGACUUUUUAAAAAUGUCCUGCUUUUUUGAUCCUUGAUGAUCCCAGUGGUUCAGAAAACUUUGGUGAACUUUAUGGGAGUGAUAAUGGUUCCAGUGCUGUGCAGAAAUCGGUUUUACAUAACAACACUGAAUGCUUUUAGUGCUCAAAAAAAGUUCUGGGAAAGACACAGCACGUCUAAGGCAUGUUAAGUGAGACACUUGUGCAUAUUUACCUUAGCCAAUUGCAGGAAACGGGGAACAGCUUAGGGCAUCAGGCCUUUAAAUUUUAGCCUAGAAAAUGAAACAGCAUUUUGUAUUCUUUAGACUCAGGUUAAUUAUUAUAAUGCCCUUCAAAAGCCUGACUCCGUCAGCAACAGCUGUAUAAAUUAAUCAGAAGGAAGAGUAAAGCCGACUCAGCAGAACUGAGUAACUCCUUUUCCUUUGACAUUCUGACGGAGGCUUUGGACUCGACAGUUUUUCUUUCAGUGUUGAGAUUUGAUGGCAGUAUGGAUGUGGGUUCAAAAUAGCCAAGGGAGAUUAACACCUAAUCCACAAGGAACUCAAUUUAGACUGCUCUGGGGCUUUCUCAUAGGUGACGCUGCCUUUUUAAGGGCACAGCAGGAGGCAGAGAACAGCUUGAUUGGAGACCAGGACUUUCUACCUACCCUCAGCUGAGGCUGCACCCCCUGGUACUCCUCCUGUUUGAAGCUAAACCUCCCAAAGAUGCAGAUGCUAUAUUUAAUUGUAGGUUCAAGACUAAGGCUGGAAUCAAGUAGAAAUGAAACUAAAGCUGUCUAUAUAUCUUGUCUAAUACAAAAUAAAAAUGAACUAUAUUGUCAGAUCCCAAACAUGCUGCAUAAAGAUCUUAAUAUUGUAAACUUGAGUGGUUUCAUCUAGUUCAAUUUGGGAAAAAAGCAAUACUUCUGAUUGGUUUGUUGUUGUUGUCCUUCUAGGGCCACACCCUCUGCAUAUGGAGGUUCACAGGCUCUGGGUCUAAUCAGAACUGUAGCCAUCAACCUACACCACAGCCACAGUGAGGCCAGGAUCCUUAACCCACUGACCAAGGCCAGGGAUUGAACCUGCAUCCUCAUGGAUGCUAGUCAGAUUCGUUUCCACUGAGCCACAACAGGAACCCCACUCCUGACUGCUUUUACGGUUAAGUUGAUACACACACCGAAUCUAUGGAAGACCUAGCUCUUCCAUAGAUUCUAAGUUCAUUCUUGCUGCAAUGAGAAUCACAGGACUUCAGAAUGGGUAGAGGCCUCAGAGCUUAUCCAAAUCCCUCAUUUAUCUGAUAACAACAUGAGGCCCAGGAAAAUAACAUAAAUUCCCCUAGGUCUCACCAAAACCAAGAGAAUAGUGUCUCCUUGAGGCCCUGCUCUAUCUAGACGGUUGCCAGUCAGUCAAGUGAGUCUGGAAGUAGCCCCUCCAGCCCCAACCGAGCUUCAGAUGGCCGCAGCCCCAGCCCACAGUUUCUGAUCUGACCUUCAGAAAACGGGAUAUUUAGUACUUCUCGUUUUAAGCUAUGUUUGGAGGUAAUUUUUUAUGCAGGAAUAAAUAAGUAAAACAGAGAUAUGACUUGCA